AUGCUUAGAGACUGGCACAGUGUGCACGGAAGGCAGACAGCUCGUGCCGCAGGGGCCAGUGCAAGGAGGCGGAGCUUUCGCCUCCGGCUCACUGUAAAGCCUCAGCUAGCGCGGCCGGCAGUCCUGUAUCGAUCCUGGCGACCCUCGGAUGUCGGUGUGCGUAUCCCCAACUCUCGCAACGCCUCUUAUGGUCGAAGAACUACCAUGUCCACAGUGUCCCAAAGCAUUUCCGAAUGCCAAACUCCUACAGCAACAUCAACAGAUGUUUCAUUCAGACAAGGUUCGGCGCUUUCUUUUUUUAUUUUUGAAUUUUCGAAACUUUAUGCUCCUGAAAAUUUCUCAUUUUACUGUAUUUUUGUACGAUGAACUGUAUUUUUGUAUUUUUGUUCCUUCUGUAUCUUCUGUAUCAUUUCUCUUCGUCUUCUUUCCGUUUCAAAAAAUGGCGUUUCGCCCUUCUUUUGACCUUAAAUGUUGCAUUCGAAGCCGACUCAGCAAAAAAUCUUUUUAAUUAUAAUGCAUCACGCAAUGUCUCUUAAUUUGUACUUUGUUUUUUUGUGAGGCAGGUUUGUCGCGUGUUUUUUUAUAGAAGUGUUUCUUAGUCUCUUUCGAGAAAUUUUCAACCGCUUUCUGCAAAAAUUUUAUUUGAAGAAAAAAAUUAAAGGGAUAUGAGAAGUUUUUUUGAUAUAUCAGAUGCUUUGAUCAUCAUCAUAUCCGGUUCAUUAAUUUUUUUAACAACUGAUUGAAAAAAAGUCAAAUUUUGAUCAAAAACUCCAAUAUGAAGAAUUAUAGCGGAAUCGCGGUUUUUUUGUAAAGAGAUUUUGAAGACAAGGAAUAGUGAAAAGAAAAGAUUUCCUAGAAACUUGGAAGUUUUGGAAGUUUCCUAUAAAAAGAAGCUCACUACAGAUCCAUUUUUUUUCCAAUAAAAAAAUGUUAAACCUUUUUUUCAGUUUUUUUCAGGACUUUUUCAUGAAUUCAUCUUGUUUCAGAUGAAAAAAACCUUUGAAACUUUUCAAAAACGUCAGAAAACUCAUCAUGAGAUCAGAAAGAGCUUAUGAAUAAUUUUUGUUGGGAUCCAGUGACUUAAAGAUGACCUUUAGCUUUCGAAAAAAGUAUUUGGCAUUUCGAAAAGAUCCUCAUCAUCUUUCUUCGGACUUGCCCACCUUGAAGUUGUUUACGAGUGCACAAAAACGAGGGCGCCUGACCUGAGAACCAGAAGCACUGUACUAUGGUAACCCGCGCAGCUGCCACCCAGGCUCUCUCCAUUGCCAGAUGCUCCUCAAUUAUCGCCAUUCAUACAAAUAGCCACUGUCGUUUCUUCCUGUUUUCGCUAAGCUUUUCCUCGACCGGCCCCGGAUCGAACCAAACAGUGACGCACAACAACACAUGCUCUUCUCAGCAAAGUCGAGCUCACGUUUUAGAGUUUUUGAAAUCGUCGCAACGAAAAAAAUACGUUGAGAGCUGAAAGUUAUUGCGCAAUCUGGCAGCUGUUGGUAUUUCUGUUUCUCAUGGUUUUUCUCGAAAUGAACUUUUCGAAAGAGAGGCUGGGAAAGUGAACAUCUCAACCUAAAAUAAGUACAAAAAAGGGAUUUCUUCUCAAAAUUUUACGAUCAAUUUUUUUCGGACACAGGAAAAUUCUGAAAAAUGGAAAACUUGAAUGGAUUUAUGGAGAGUAUGACUAUAUUGAUUUUCUCAAGUCUUUCUUACCAAAUAAAAUCUUGGAAAAAUAAGUUUCGAAAUUAGUUUUUGGGAACAAGAAACUUACUGAAAUCAAAACUUGAGAUUUUCAAACUUGAAUUUUGAUCAAAUUCCGGAGCCUUUCAAAACUGUCCGAUUUUCAUUUUGAAAAAUAUAGAUGAUAUUCAUCACUGAAUUCAUCAGUAUCUCAAUUCUUUGUUUGUUUUGAUGAGAAGUAUGCUCAAAAACAUACCAUCUACCAGUCUAAUUAGAAAACUGAUGAUUCAUAAGCUCCUUUGAGUAAUUUCAAAGAUCUUUUUUUUUCACUUCCCGUUCUGGAAUGUGUUGCAAAGUCUGGAAAAAGCUCACAACUGAACUGGAUAAAAAACUAGGUCAGAAUUAGAAAGCAACAAUUACAACUUCUCUUCUCUCGUUUUUCUUUUCUCUCCAAAAGAACGUGUCAGACUUCACAUUUCCACUUGUUUUGACUUUCUUUCACAUCCGCCGGUUUUUUCUCUCUUUUUCCCUCUCCACCGCUAUCCAAACAGUCGAGUUACGGUAGCGUCACAGAGCACAGCACAAAACCCCAUCCAAUGGAAAAUACAAAAAAAAAAAGAAAAAGAGAAAAAAAACUCGGAUGAUGUGGGAGAGAAUGCAAAUGUGCCGUGUGGAAAAGUGGACGUCGACGUGGCAGCAGCAGCACUGUACACAGACAUUAAAUUGCUUUUGCCAUCUGUCGCGCAUUUUCGUGUGUCCGCGUUGAAAAGCACAGGUCCCACUGCACAACGUAUCACUUUCCACUCAAAAAUUCAGCUUUUCGAUAGAAGUUUGAAAGUUUUGAACGGAAAAUAAUUUUUAGGAAGGAAAAAGUUAGAACGAAAACUCCGAAACACGUUUCAACGUCUUAUUCUUUUUAUAACUUCGAAAAAGGCUUGCAAACGCUUUUUCUAUCAAUAAAUUCACUUUUUCUGACAUUUGAUUCCCAGUUUGUGGUAUAUUUUCGAAAAUGGGAAAUGAAAGAGUUCGUCUGGAUUAAAACUUGAACCUAUGCUUGGCCGCUGGGAAUUCGGCUUCGAAAUAAAACUAAUAAACGCUCUAGACGUGUAGUGAAUCACUCAUUGUCCAACUUAUUAAUUUUUGCCGUUUGUCUUCUUUUGGGAAGAUUGAAGUUUGAGUUUUCCCUGAAUAGCACGAAAAACUUUUCACCUUUUAACCCAAGUUAUUUUGAGUUUUAGUUGAGAAAAAAAACUUUUUUUUGGAUUGACAGCUUUUUAUUUCUUGGAAAGUUUUUUGUUAUCUUUUUUGAACGCAAACCCGAAAAAAUUGUUUCGGAAAGCCGAUCUUGUUUUCCGCAUGUUUCUGGUCUAUUCUUUUUCUCUCUUUUUCUGCCUCCCAAGUUUUUUUCAAGAAUUACAAGUGUCCUUUUUUUCAGAUAACUAAAAAGAUUUCAAAUUUUUUUGUGGAAAAACAUUCAUGGAAUAAAAAAAUUUUUUUCUAAUCUUCAACUAUCAUGAUAUGUUUUUUUGUUUCUUUAAAAAAAGUAAUUGAUGAAAAAAACUGACGGAUUAUUAAAGGGGGCUUUUCAAUCUCCAUAUUCCGGCAUUUUCAAUUUAUAAAAAACUCCUUUUCAGAGUUUUAUAUGCGAAACGUGUGGGAAGGCAUUUCGGUUUCGUUCCAAUUUGGCAGAACAUCGGUCCGUACACACCGCCUUGAAACCUUACGUUUGCAAAUUUUGUGGGAAAAGUAGUCGACUAAAAGGUUUGCAGCGAACAUAAUUGGUUUGAAUAAUUAUUGAUUUUGUAGGGAAUUUAACAAAACAUAUAUUAAAAACAUCACAAGAAAGAGCAAAGUGAAGCGAUUUCGAAGGAUGAUAUUAUUGUUAAGAAGGUGGGUGCAUUUCAAAAACGUUUUUUUUUCUUUUUGAAGCUGAUCUGAGAAAAAUUCGAGCAAGUAUCGCAAAAUAAAAAUUUUUUCCUAAUGUUAAUAAUAAUUAUUUUUGGAGACUUCAAAACUUUGAUCAAAGACCAAAAUUUCAAAACAUCAUUAUACAGGCAUGGGAAAAAUUACCGUCGUAAUGGUCAAAUCCUUUUUCGCCUGAGAAAAAUCCUUCCCCAUCGCCUUGUUUUCGCUACUGUGGGAAAGAGAUGAUUUCCCGUCUUGGGAAAUACAAAAUUUUUCCUCGACAGAAGAAUGGGAAAACAACAUUGAAAGGGAAAAAAAGGGAAAUAGCAAUCAAAAACGAGGUGAAGCUACUUGGGAACGCUUAGCCUAAAGGCAGGAAGUGUGCGGAGAGGAGCGUACAUGACGCCUUUGUGUGUUUUUAUCCGAAUAUUCCGCAACAGUUGUUCUUUUUUUUAUUGUUCAUUGCAGCUGUCUCCAGUUUACCCUUGAUUCAAAAAAAAAGGACAAAAAAAAACAGAUUCAAACGUCUCUGUAGCCUUUUAAUCUCACCAUGACGGCAAUGGAAUUAAAUUCUAACUUCAUUUUUGAAAAAUAAGGCCUGAGAAUCAAUUAAAAAUUCUCUAACUAGAAACUGACAGUGAAACUGGUUAGUGAUUUUCGGAAUAUUUUAUUCGAAGUCAAUAACACGCAAUUGAUUCGAAUCUUUCAAAAACCCGAGAAAUCUUUCAGGCCGAGCCAACUACAGCGACGAUAGAGUACACAGAUAAGACUAUUUUCACAGUAACCACUGCGCCUAGUGGAGCAACGACGAUAGCCACGAAUGGUCAUUCUGUUCCAAGCCUCCUCCCCAAAGAAGAAUCCGGCGACCAAGAACGGUAUCUCAUUCAAAAAAAUAUGAUCAAUUGGCUAUAUUCCUGUUUCAGAUCAAUAUUAAUAUCCCUCGGACUCGACUACAACACCUCCAUAGAUUUGAGAGAAUCCCCUGAAACGAGCGUCAGCCCGGAGAAUGGUAAAUUUUCUUUUGCUCGUUAAAGAAAUGUGUUUUCUCAAAACCUGAUGCCGGUCGGCGAAAGCUCGUAAAGCGUAGAGGAACUGUUUUUUGAAUGUUUAUUACGAAAGGCUUGUAAUUUAUCGAGUUUUUCAUUCUGAAAAAUGACAGGUGGUAGAAAAGUGCAUAUUAUGAAAGAGUUGCUCGGAAAAGGCGACCAAAAAUCUAACUCCAAGUUUUUCACUUCUCAAGUUGAGAAAAUAUUUUUUAACUUGUUGUGCUAUUCUAAUUAAUUUCGUCAUGCAGCGUUGUAAUUUGAUUUUUCUUUGCUUCGAGAUUUUUCGAAAAUUCAUUCGCUUUUAUGAAUAAUGCAAAAAUGUGGUCAUUUUUUUUUAAAGCUCAAGUCAAGAAUGCAAAUAUCAACUAAACAGCCAUUCGGUAAUUAAUUGUACGUUUUUUUUUUAAAUUCAUCAAAAAAAAGCUUGAUGAUUCUUAUAAAAAGAGGUUCUUAUCAAACACUCACAUUUUCAAACCAACUCAAACUUCUCUCCGAAGAUUUUUCCUACCAGAAUGACUCAGAAAAAAACCAAAGAAUUUGCUUUUAAGAAAAAAACAAGAUUUUUAGAUUGCAACGGUUUCUUGAGUUUGCAAGUUGAAAAAAAAUAGUUUUGAAGCCGUUCAAUUUCAGUCAAUAUGAGAAAAAGUCAAGCUUCUUUUUUCAAAGACUUUGAAUAACUUCAUUAAAUAAUGUUCCAAGCUAACGAUGAAUGAAAUAUAUUUGACAGAAGUUUCCUCAACGUGAACUUUUCAAAGAAGAACAUCUUUUCGAGAAAAGACUUCAGUUCGAGUUUGUGGAAAGAGCUGCUGCUCAUAAAACAUGUAACUGUUGCUCCAGACACCCGAGUUCUAGGCACUCAUGCGUGAUGGUGUGAGCUUUCGUGAGCUCGAGUAGUUGGAUGGCGUGAGUGCGUCGAGAACAUUGCUGGUUUUGAGGCCAAACGGAACCAUAUCUGCCGCCGGCGGCUGCAACACUCGCACAUAAUAUGCAGGUUCUGCCAUCUGUGCGCGGCAUUUUGGGUUUUCGAGCUCGGUCGGAGCUUAUCGUGGGAGGACAUCUUGCCUGCGGGUCACAUCGAUUUCCAAUGUGCCUUGGCUCUCUCCAACCAAGCACACUGUUUGUCGGCCGCCUCCGUCAACCACCACUAACAAAAACUAAGACCGCGGGACCUUGACGGCCAAAACUAUUGUCAAUAACACAUGGACUGCCUCAGGGCACCUUAUGAACCAAGACAAGGUCGAAGAGAAGGAACAAAUCGCCUGCCCGAAGGCGGGGGCUACAAAUCAGGAUAGAUAUCACGGAAUUUGUAGCUUAUCUGCCGCCAACGGCCAGUUUAUUUCGUUUUAUUGUCUCAGUAGGUUCUCCUAAUCUUCAAAUAAAGUGCUUUCCUGAUACCUCCCAGGAUAGUUUUGGAAGUAGACGGGUUUUUAUUGACAGCAAAGACUGGCAAAAGACACUGUACAUCAAAAGUCUUGAACUGGAGAUUUUUGGUGAAAGUUUUUUGGAUCAAAUAAACUGAAAAAGUUUAUGUUUUAUAAGAAAGCGGAAAAACAGCCAGUAACUUUUCUCAAAAAAAUAUCAAAACUCAGAAGAAAAAAACCAACAUCAUUUUUUUGAAACGGAAAAAUCGCGUUGCACGAAACAAACAAACAAGCAAUAAAAUAAAACGACUGAAUUGUAUGCUUAAAAAAUAAAAACUAACCAGCACGUAAUCUUACAUUGCCUACCUUUAGAUAUUCGUAUUGGUUUCUCUCUAGCCCCGAUUUUCCUAUUUUUUUUUCUAUGAUAACGUUUUGUAAAUUACUGAUCAGCUUCUCUCGAGAAAAAUUUCAAACGAACAACAAUAGGAAAAGACAUAUUUUUCGAAAUAAGACUGAGAAUCCAAGCUUUGCAAAACUGCUGUCAAUGCUUUUCAUAUUUCCGCCCGUAUCUCUUUUUUCAACUAAAGCCGGGCGUUAAUCUCUAGAUUCAUCCCAAAACUUUGAAGAGUUUUUUUGAUUGUCUCUUUUUAGAUUGACUACACCAAUAUUCAUAGUAAAAGCGGAGUUUAGUAAGUCGCGAUAAGUUUGAUCAUUUCAAAAACGUUGGAGUUAUUGGAUGAACUUUAAAAUUCAAAUCUUUGAAACAGUCCACCUUAUGUCCAGUCCUAUCCAUAAUCUUCUAAUUUUCUUUUUUUCAGGCCUGAUGAACCCGAAGUGCGAGGUUGACAGCGAUCAAGGAUAUGGAAGCCCUCUUGCACAAAAUACGGUAAGUGGGCGUGGCUUAUCAACACGCCGGCACAGUCGAGCCGACCAAUACGCCGUUCCGUUUGCAGGUGGGCGGCGAGACGUCUUUGGCGGCGCUGAUCGCACAAGUGAACAGUCCCACAUGUGGCAAGAACUCCAUGGCGUCCCAAUGUCCGGAGUGUGGGAAACACGUGCGCAAAAGUCGGUUUUAUGCACUUUUUCUCUGCUUUUUAAACUGCAGACGUUCCGAGGGAAAACGUUGAUUGAUGGGGUCAGAAAUUGAUUUAGGUCGGUACCUCGAAGUUUUGAUGGCUGGUGAAAAAUGGGAACAAGCUGAGAUCUUUUCUAGUGUUCUCAUUCGUUAAGAACGACAAAAAUGAAAAAAAAACAACCCAGAAAAAUUCCAACAAUAGUUAUUCUAAAAAGGUAUAUCUUCCGAGGAAAGUUUUCACACUUUCGAAAUUUCUUAAAAAUUUUGGUUUUAAACUAAAAAAGACUCUUUCGGUUCUGAUAAAACUGGAAUUGAAAGAAAAAGAAAGAAAAAACGAAAUCCUCCGCUCCUUUGAGCUAUUGAUUGCGCUAAUAACUUCUUUCUGGCAAUUUCUCUGAAAUGUGAACUCCUGCCACCUUCUCACUCUCUCUUUUCAUCAACACCAUUGUUAUAAAAGCUUUUUGCAAACCGAACAUUGGCAUUUUUGAGAAGCUCACGCAUGAAGCUUUUCGAUAAUUAGGUAAUGAUUACGCCCCUUGUCAUUUCCAAAAAGUGCACACUUUUAGCUUUCGAGUCUUUCGUUCAGUUUAUAUUCUCAGUCAGCUAAAUUCUCUUUUUUUUUCCAAAUUGACAGUUCCCUGGCGACUGUAUCGGAUAACUAAGCACCAUCUGCCGUUUUGUGCUUUUUUGAUGCUCGCCGAACCGCCUGUCGGCGCGGGUCACAAAUUUCGUCGUUGCGUUGUACAACGGCCAGAGCCACAUAGUUUAUACAGCCCGUAACUCUACAGAGCUUUCUCUGUAUAUUUCUCGGCCGGCAGGCGUCUAAGAAAUCGCCGUGGAAAUGGCAAUUUUGAGAAAUGAGGGACCGAAAGUGUGUUUUCUCAGAGAUGAACUUCCACUGAAAGGUCAUCACUCCGAUUAAAAGGUUUGGCCAAAGUUAUGACAGAUUUGAGCUUUUCUGAAAGUUUUUGGAAAAUGUUAGAACUUUGAAUGAAUGAUGUUAGAGAAAGUAUAAUCGCUUUUUUAAAUUUGUUUUUCAAUUCUCGAUAAGCUUGAAGGCUGUUCAAAGAAAAAACUUCAAAGAGAGCCAAUCACUAUACUUUUUGCGAAAAAAAUCAAUGAAAAAAAUCAAUGAAAUUCUUGAUUCAAAAAUUUCUAUUUUGAUUAUGCAAAAAGGUAUAUUUUUAUAACUCAGCUAAAAAGUUAAGAUCAGUCGUGUACGAAAAUUCAAUUGAACUCUAUGGAACCUUGAAUUGCAUGAUAAGUUUUAUUAUGACCAAGUUUUAAGUUUGAAAAUUUUCGGGUUUGAAAGUUGCCUACGCUUAAUUUAGUACCAAAAAGUCGAACUUAAGUUUGAUUCCAUCGAAAUCUUUUUUUACAAAUAGGCUUGUCGGUGCGAUUUUAUUAUUUUCUCACAGCUGAGGAUUCAAAUUCUUGAUUCGCCUCAAACUAAAGAAACACAUUUUAACCUUAAUUUUUCGAAGGUCAAUUGCUUUAAUAUCUACUAUGUAGGCCUUAGUUUUAGGGAACUGAUGCUUGUCUAUAAAUCGAUAAGAUCAGUCGGUUCUCAGCAAGAACCUUCUGAACAUUUGAUCUUCCACCCGGACUUUCCACUAAUCUACAACCAGCAGACGUCUCUUGGGAAAGACAAGCUAGGCAAUAGUGAAGGAAGAGCAGCGCAGUUGAAAGUGACAGUCGGUCGGCGAAUAUUUCGAUUUUCUCUUACCCCCAGACUCCGCGGCGUUUUUUUUUCCGAAGCCGUCAGCCACGCUAUUUCGCGUCCGCUUCCCCUUUUGAGCACACACAUUGCCUCAACAGAAGAUGUGCUCACUCGCUACAAUUCCAAGCCGUCCGUCCUUCCAUCCGUCGUCGUCGUGUGUACGAGCAAACUUGGCAGGCAGGACAAGAGUGGGGGGGCUGAACGCUUUUGA